AUGGCCGAUGGUGAGGACAUUCAACCACUUGUCUGUGACAAUGGAACUGGAAUGGUGAAGGCUGGUUUUGCUGGUGACGAUGCCCCGAGGGCGGUGUUCCCAAGUAUUGUUGGUCGUCCCAGGCACACUGGUGUCAUGGUUGGGAUGGGACAGAAAGAUGCUUACGUUGGUGAUGAAGCUCAGUCCAAAAGAGGGAUUCUUACUCUCAAGUAUCCGAUCGAGCAUGGUAUUGUAAGCAACUGGGAUGACAUGGAAAAGAUCUGGCAUCACACUUUCUACAACGAGCUCCGUGUUGCCCCCGAGGAACACCCAGUUCUUCUCACAGAGGCUCCUCUUAACCCUAAAGCCAACAGGGAAAAGAUGACUCAGAUCAUGUUCGAGACAUUCAAUGUCCCUGCCAUGUAUGUUGCCAUUCAGGCCGUUCUUUCUCUCUACGCCAGUGGUCGUACUACCGGUAUUGUGCUCGACUCUGGUGAUGGUGUGUCUCAUACUGUGCCAAUCUACGAGGGCUAUGCUCUUCCUCAUGCUAUCCUCCGUCUCGAUCUUGCUGGUCGGGAUCUCACAGAUUCUCUCAUGAAGAUUCUUACCGAGAGAGGUUACAUGUUCACCACAACUGCAGAGCGAGAAAUUGUCCGUGACAUAAAGGAGAAGCUUGCUUAUGUCGCUCUUGACUACGAGCAAGAGCUCGAGACAGCUAAAAGCAGUUCUUCAGUGGAGAAGAACUACGAGCUACCUGAUGGACAAGUCAUCACCAUUGGAGCUGAAAGAUUCCGUUGCCCUGAAGUUCUGUUCCAGCCAUCGCUCAUCGGAAUGGAAGCUCCUGGAAUCCACGAAACAACUUACAACUCCAUCAUGAAGUGUGAUGUCGAUAUCAGGAAGGAUCUCUACGGAAACAUCGUCCUCAGUGGUGGAUCAACCAUGUUCCCAGGUAUCGCUGACCGUAUGAGCAAAGAGAUCACCGCACUCGCACCUAGCAGCAUGAAGAUCAAGGUUGUUGCACCGCCCGAGAGAAAAUACAGUGUCUGGAUCGGAGGAUCUAUCCUCGCAUCCCUCAGCACUUUCCAACAGAUGUGGAUCUCAAAGGGAGAGUACGACGAGUCGGGUCCAUCAAUUGUUCACAGAAAAUGCUUCUAA